AUGUCGCUAGUCCACGACUGGAUUACACGAUUUACCGCCUGGAGCGUCGAAGCUUUCCAUUCCAAAUUGGAAGCCAGCUAUCCAGGUUUCAUGAAGCUGGUUGGAGUAAUCACACCGGCCAUUGUGCGCUUGGCGGAGGCGCUUGAAUGCACCUGCAUCCAUGCCCUGCCCAAUCUCCAGACGUUGGGCGCCCGCGACUGGUACUACCCAUACUUCGUGGGCGCAUCUCGAAGAAAGAUCUUCUUGGACCUUGGCUGGUGUCCUUUCACAAUCAAGCUACUCGAAGAGACCACAAGCCAAUCGCUACUGGACUGGGUUGUCAGCCGAAAACGGAGAUAUCCCAUUGCAGGACAUGCGCAGUGUGACUCUAAUGAAUGCGUGCGCAACAAAAUCGAUGAAUGGUCGUACGUGCAGCAGCACGCCCUGCCGGACUGUGAAUGUCCAAAGCUUAAGCCCGAUGUUGCUGCAAUUCCUGCGGUCCUUGUCAAGUCUCUAAUUCCUCUCAUCACUGUUCAACGGCUCGAGACUGAAGUGACGAUCGAGGUUUCCGAUGCGCCACUGGAGUCGCCAAGUUCCUACGUCGCCAUCUCACACGUUUGGGUCGAUGGCCUGGGUGGGAGCACUGAGACUGGUCUCCACCGAUGCCAGGCUCUCCGUCUCCAGACCCUCGUGUCUGAACUCAUGAAUAUCAGUCCUGCACCAUUUUGGAUCGACACUCUCUGUAUACCGGAGCAGAUCGAAUACCGAAAUGCAACGAUCUUGCAGAUGCGAAACGUCUACCGGAACGCGACGGCGGUUCUAGUCCUGGACAAGAGCAUUCAGACUUGUAAGACAACAGCUUCUACAGAAGAGAUCCUGUUAUCCAUUUAUUCCUCGCCAUGGAUGCAACGAAUGUGGACCUAUCAGGAGGCCGUGCUUGGGAAGCGACUUGUCUUUGUGCUAGAAGAUGGUCUCUGGGAGUACAAGAUCAACACUUUUCCUUCCCUGAGACCCAGUGUUGCUGUCGUCUGGCGCUGUCUCGCUGCGAAUAUCUACAGGCUGCGUACUGAUCGCGAUUCAAUCAAUCUCGGCCACGUGUAUUCGGCUCUGAGGUGGCGCAGCACCAGUCGACGAGAAGACGAACUGCUUGUUGUGUCGACGCUCCUUCGGGCUGAAUCGAAAGAUCUCUUUGACGUGAACGGUAAGGAAAGAAUGAAACGGCUUUGGUUAAAAUUGAAACUUGUCCCGUAUGAUAUCCCGCUACUCGAUGGACCAAAGCUCGCGGUGCCAGGUUUCAGAUGGGCACCAAGUACUUUGAUGCACCGAUCGAAAAUCAAGUUGGACACGGAGACCGCGGGUUUGAAAUCUGCCUGCACGACGCGUGGGCUCUUGGGCGACUAUAUGACUGUUAUGCUAGCACGCCCCCUACAUGGCAACCGUGGAGGUGACGGUGGCAAAGGCAAGGGAACAAACUCGAUCUUCCAUGUUUAUGUUCAUCAAGAGGACGAAGAUGCGCCGAGAACAUGGGACGACAAAGCUCACUGCGUCCUGAGGCUCUACUGUAAUGAAAACUGGCCCAAAGAUCCCGACACCCACCCAUUCGAUAUGCUACUUCUCGGUGGCAACAAAAGGCCAGAGAGUGGACAGUGGCUACCCGCGGCUGCUUUGGUGAGACAACGCCCACAGACGACGCGACCGGGAGUCGAGAUUGGGCUAGAUGCUACCGUGGUGUGCGAUUACGUCGGUCGCCUGCUUGUAGAAAGGCUACAGAUCAACGAAGUUGCCAACAAGCACGGAACGGUCAUGUCUGCCGGAUCAGAACAGACUUUCAUCAACGCCGCUGGGGUUUGGGCCUAUCAACGGCUUUGCAUACGGUAG